GCAUCAUCCAAAAGUAAAGGAGGAGGCUCACGACACUCUGCCACGAGCGUGACGAGCCCCCAGUGUGUUUUUACUCGGGACUGAGUAAACGAGAAGCUUGUUGUGUAUCAUAAUAUCGUAACCUUCGGGGAUGCAGAAAACCUGAGCGAUUUAAAAAAUAAUCUAUUCACCCAUUAUCAAGGGCCUUAUCACAUCAACGCUUGAUAAAUUUCACCGAAAUCACCCUCAAUCUAGUGAUAAAUAAUCAGUGAAUUUGAUGAAUUUGUGACAGUGCAGACAUGGAUAACAUCAUCGUGAAAAUGAGUCAAUGAAAUCAACUUGGUGAAGUGAAUUUGAUAAGCGUGAUUGACGUGAGAAAAGUAUCAAGAAAGAAUCAUCAUCAUCAGGCCAUUAAUUACCAAAAUGCACACAUUAUUCGGUGAGCAGAAUGCGUACUACCGUCAUGCGACGGGAGUACCAGUGGGUAUGACUACCCCAUCGUAUCCAGGAGUUGGUGGAGCCCCAGGUUACUACGAGCAAUAUCGUUACGGUGGUUAUGCCACAGCAGCUGGCUAUCCAGUUCCUGGUAUAGGUCAACACAACAUGCAUCAUCCAGGUAAAGACAUGGUGAAGCCACCCUACUCCUACAUAGCACUGAUUGCAAUGGCCAUUCAAAAUGCCCCGGACAAGAAGAUAACUCUAAACGGCAUUUACCAAUUCAUAAUGGAGAGGUUUCCCUACUACCGGGAGAACAAGCAAGGAUGGCAGAAUUCAAUCAGACAUAAUUUGAGUUUGAACGAGUGUUUCGUUAAAGUACCGAGGGACGACAAGAAACCCGGUAAAGGUAGUUACUGGUCCCUCGACCCAGACAGUUACAACAUGUUUGAUAAUGGUUCCUACCUACGGCGGAGAAGACGAUUUAAGAAGAAGGACGCCCUCAAAGAAAAGGAAGAAGCCCUCAAACGUCAAGGAAUUGUCACGGAAAAAAGAGAGGAUGCAAAACCGUCGGCAACACUACAGACGGAUUCGGCGAAGAAGCUCGGUGUUCAUGAGUGUAAACAGCCGAAAAGAGAGCCCUUGAAUGACCAGAACCAUUGUAUGGCAAAUUCAGUUGGCAAAUAUGCCAUUCAGGAAGGCAAGACAGCUACAACGACUCCCAGUGUAAUACAGACAAACUUGGGACAUCAAGCGACGGCACAUCAGGUACAGCAUCAACCCCAUCAAGUACAUCAGGAUGUAUCGAUGACGGAUGUUAAUUUGGGAUUGGAUCCAGCUGCAUUUAGUGUUGAUGCACUUAUGACAAAUAGAGAUCAUCAUCCUCAUGGUAUUCAGCAUCAUACGAGUCACUCUCAUGGCUCUGUCAUGGCCGCUACAACUGCUGUUACGACAACAAGCAGCACGACGGCGGCUGUUGCCGCAAUGAUGGCAUCCAGUGGUUACGGUCAUGUCACACCCUCCAGGGGGAAUUCAACACCCCCUGGUAGCAUGUAUUCACCUUAUUGUCCGAGUUCUGCAACCGGCUACAUAAUGGAUCACGCUGAUUACAAUGCAGCGAGCAGGAAUCACAGUGGUGCACAUUCACAGUGGUACCAGGAGGCUGCCAGUCCUGAUAAUGCGGGGAUUUAUCAGGACACCCAAUCACCGAGUUGUCAAUUAUACAGAUCAAGUCCGCCAACUCCCCUGUCCUCCGGUGCCGCCCCAUCACCACCCCUCUAUCACAGAUACUACCAGGACUGCAACGCAAUCAGCACCAGUGGCAAUCUACCGAUAACGCUUCACAAAUACUGAGAUUACCGUUCCUCAAGGUCUCAUCGAGACCUUGAAGAGUCACCUAGCAAUCAUCAUCAUCACAAUCAUUCAACUCAUCAUCAUCACGAUUACGACCCUGGCAUGGUCUACAUCAAGCAAGAGUGGACAUCGCCGGACGAGCUCACGAAAGAGUGGAACUGAAAUUGAUAUGUCAAAAAUCCACCGAUGAAAUGUCAAGUUAAUUAAGUUCAACCGAGUCGAUACAUUUUCCAAAUGCCAAGGAUUUCAAACAACUGGGGGAAAAUAACAAAUUAAUCGUUUGACGCACACCUGACCUGGGCCAAAUAUAUCGCCAUAAUUUUCAUGUAUCAGUAUUGUUGUUGAGGGAAUUGUCAUUUCCCAUUUGAAAAAAUUUUUUUUCGUUAUUUUACAUUUUGUUGAAUAAUUCUAUCCUUCUCGUUCUGAACACCCACAACUGUGUAAACUGAGACCGAUGGGCAAAUAAUCGACGCGACGGGAAUAAUUCUUAUUCAUUUCAUUCUUCUCUUUUUCCUGUGUUUACCAAUUGUCUGUAAUAAAUAUGGUAGGGAGGGGGAGGGAGGGUCUCACAAUACGAGGACGAAUCAAAGUCAUUUCCUCGGUUUUUAAUUACAAUUAACCUUUUGAGAUUACGGGGAGAGAAAUGUUCGAUAAACUCAUGAUGAUUUUAGGUAUGAUCUGGUAAAGUUUCGUUAAAUAUCCGAAUAAAUUACCAAUUUUUAUCGAACAUUUCUUUCGUACAGAAUCGGCAGAUCAAUGAGCAUUUAUAGAACUGUAUAAAAGAACUUAUAAGUAACGUCAUUCCUUUCUCUCUUCGACCGUGAAUUAGGAGAACAAUGGAGCGUUUUCGUAAAAAGAGCUGAGAUAUAUUUAUUGAUAGUAAAUAAAAGAAUAAAAAAUUUUAAAUAAAAUAAUGUGAAUAAAAUAGAUAAAUCGUAAAUGUAGAAAAAUGAGGAUAAAGAUUAUGUUGUAGUUAGUUAACGGAAAAUAAAACCACACAAACCGUGCGAAUACGUUCGUUUAGAGACACUCAUUGCGUGUAUUAUAUUAUUUACGUGGAUAAAAGAAUUAUAUAGAGUAUAGAAUUGUAUAGUUAAAAAUAGAUAUUAUAGAAUAUAUAUAUAUACAUAUAUAUAUAUUGAAGUGCAUAUGAAAAUGUCUCGCACGUUGUGAGACUGAUUGAUUUAUUAUUAUUAAAAUUAUGAUAAUUAUGGACAUGUGGGUGGAGUUCGCGGAGAGCGACUUUCCAAAAUAAAUAUUAUUAAAAAAUACCCAGUCAGUGAUUUUUUUCAAUAUUAUUUUGAUAAUUUCCUCUUUCAUAGCGAUUAAUCUUUUAAGUGGAAUUUACGAGGAAAACAGUUCGAGGCACUUGGACGUACUCGUGGAGUUUAGGCCGAGGAGAAUUUAAUAAUAAAUGCAGUAAGAUGAAACAGAUGUGGGUUGGAUUGAACUUUGCUUGCAUCUACAAAGUACCUUUCACUUGAUUUAACCACAAACUGCCAGUGGCUAGAUUUCACUCCAAGAGCUUGAGGCAGCGGUUAAAUCUAUCAGGGGCUUUGAGAUGUAUCGAACGAAAAAUUGAGUAAUCUUACUUUUUUUUUUAUUUAAAUAUAAACGAGGGGAGGAAUGGAGGAUUUUGGGUGGUCGAAAACUAGCCCCCAGGGUGGGAUUUUUAGCAUCUGCCGGGGAAACACGUGCUCCGGAUAAAAC